CAUUUUUCGGUUCAGGUCGGGUUGGUCGAUCCGCACCACUUCGCCGGCCUAAACAGACCAUAUAAUUUCCUUUUUAUUCACUUUCUUUGGAAUUAGUAGACAAAGAAACUUUAAAGUGAAGCAUAAGAUAUCUGCUCACUGCUUUGCCUAUGAAUGAAUUUAUUGACUAUGCAUUCUUGCUGGAGGUUGAUCCCUUCAGCUUUCCCACACCUCAGUGAUUCUUGCACUUCAUCAGAUCAUUUACCAAGACUCAUACCCAGUCUAUUGCGUAGUAAGAAUAGUAGAGCUGAUACCAGAAGAGAUUUGACAAGUCGAGUCAAGAAGACGAGAGUAAAAGGCGUAAAAGGAAAAGACAACACUAAAUUACCCAAUGGUUUUCUGCUGGAUAAGGAAAAUAACACAAUCUCUUGUGCUAUAGGGGAGGCAGGGAGUUCUAAAAAAUUUCCAUCUAGGGUUUCUGUGCUCCAGGCAUGCACUGUUACAUCUGGUUUAAUGGGCCUUUUGGGCCUUUUGAUUCAUCAGCUAAUUUGCAGGUCUCUCAUGUUGCAUCACAAGAAGUAUGGCCUAUUGCUGACUGCUCUGCUGAAUUUUCAUGGGAUUUUCAGGUGUGGCAUCUUGAGUUGAUUAUGGGGCUGGUUGUAUUGGUAUCAUCAGGUCGAUAUUUACUGUUGAAGACUUGUCCAGAUUUUGCUGAAUCUAGUGAAGCAGCAAAUAGACAGGUUCUUACUUCUCUUGAACCAUUUGAUUACAUUGUCAUGUCAUUUCUCCCUGGAGUUAGCGAGGAGUUUCUUUUCCGUGGUGCACUAUUGCCUCUUUUUGGUGUCAAUUGGCCAAGUGUUCUGGCUGUUGCUGCUGUCUUUGGAAUAUUACACUUAGGCAGUGGCCGAAAACAUUCAUUUGCGAUCUGGGCAACGUUUGUGGGGCUCGUCUACGGCUAUGCGACAAUGUUGACAUCAAAUAUUAUUGUUGCAAUGGCUGCUCAUUCUUUGAAUAACUUGGUGGGAGGUAUCAUUUGGCGCUCCACGACAAGUCAUUCAAAAUAGAUUGGAAAUGUGCUAAAAGAAUUAGCAAGUAUUAUGUUGUAUCUGUUCCCCUAUAAAUGAUACCACCUGAUGGGGAGGCCAUAAUUUUAAUAUAAAGCUUUCCAAUUGAUCCAUUAGACAGCUUUGGGGCCUUGGGCCUUGCUUUGGGAAUUCAAAAAUCUUCAAAACAAUUGGGAUUUGGGAGAGUAACUAUAUUGUGUAGCCAUUAGGUCGUAUUUAUUUACACAUUUGGAAACACAAUUUAUUUAUUGGUAUUUGCCUUAAAAGUUACACCCGCUUCAAGAAGAUCUAGUUUUGG